AUGGACCACCAUGCCGGAUGUUACCAGGCCAGGUGAGUACUAAGUAUUACUUAUGUGUAUGGCCUCGUCAAAGAAUCAACGUUCUGAAUUUGAGGCUAGAAAAAAUAAACUCUAUCCUCCAUCGGUUCUCUUACACGUGAACUUUCUGACUAAGCUGGUCGUGCUUGUUCAGCUCUACUUUUGUUACUCUCUAUGUCAUAAAUGAUCACUGCCAAAAAUCAUUCAACAGGCUGCGGCGAGGAAUUGGAGAUCCUGAGAGCGACGAAAGCCGCCGUCUCUUCCGCGGCCAGGUGCAUAUCAAAGAAGGCCGGGCACCGGGCAAGCCUCUGGGCACCGAUGUUCAAUCCCAGGUCGAGGGUGUCGUGCUCAGUGGAAAAAAACCGAGCGAAAUUGUGCUUCUGUGGUCGGAGUCCUGGAAUAGCCAUCUGGGCACGCCGCAUUUCACGACCGAGUGCCGAGCGAAGGUGCAAGUGAGGGGCGGAACUUUGAGCGGAAACAAGCCAAGUGAAGACGAAAAUGCGAAGAUCACGUUUGAGUUGAUGCGUCUCCAGUGGCUGCCGAACGUGAUUCUGGCGGACAAAUGGCAGGAAGUUGCGAAACAAUCGGACCAAAUGGAAGCGUUGAAAUCUGAGGAAACAUUUAAAAACUCUUCGUCGGGCGACGAUGCUUUGGUGCAAGAGGUGUUUGAUACCGCGAACACCAAGCAGGUGGCGAUCCAAUCGCCGCUGAUGGACUUUCUGGGCGGAAGGUUGACACUGUACCCUUCUGUUGCAGUGCCGCCACAAUUGUCGGCUGGUGGGAAUAGUGAUGUCACUCCCGCCGCUGGCACGAAGCCCACGAAGCCCUUCUCGCGCGCCAGCAUGCGAAAGGUCGGAGUUUUUGACUCGGUCAGAGCUGGAAACCCCUUCUUUCGACGCAGUGGAGGCGGUGGUCCUGCUUUGGGUGGAGAUCCUGAGCAGGCUGGUGGCGAAAACAAUGCUGAGGAGCCAAUUGAUGCGGAGGAAGAGCCGGUCGUUGAACUAGCGGAGCAAAUUGGAGGGGAAGCCGCGGAAGAAACCACGGCUGCGAACGAAGUUGGGCAAGAGGAUGCCGGUGGGGACAAAACAGCAUGA